AUGUGGCCUGCGCCUUCUUUCCGAACUUUGCCGGCCGUGCAGCUUCUGCGCUCUCCGAUCCAGCCGGUGCCAGAGCCAAGGCAGCCAAGGGCCUGGAGCUCCACAGCACAUCGCCUUGCCCUGGCCGCACCUGCGGCUUUGGCACUGGCGUCCCUUCAGCAGCACCGCGUUGCAGUGGCAGCGCAGACAGAAACGACUGUGGUGGCGCUCCAGGGUAAAGCACUGGCCUUGGAGCUCCAAUGCUUGGUGUAUAUCCACCGCUGA